GCUGCCGGAGGAGCCGGGAUUAAGACGCACGGCGGACUUUCCCCGGAUGGUUGCCGCAGAGGGAUCAUGACGGGGAAGAAAUCUUCCCGAGAGAAGCGGCGCAAACGCAGCAGUCAGGAGGCGGCCGCGGUACUCGCGGCUCCGGAUCUCGUGCCGACCCUCGCCAGCUGCGGCAGUGGAAGCACCAGCGGCUGCGGGAGCACCGGCGGCUGCGGGAGCGUCAGCUGCUGUGGGAAUACCAGCUUCAGUGGAAGUGUCACGGGCGGUGGGAGCGGCGGGAGCUGCUGGGGCGGGAGCCUCGUGGAGCGCAGCGAGCGCCGGAAGCGGAGAAGCACCGACUCAUCCUCCAGCGUCUCGGGGUCUCUGCAGCAGGAAACCAAGUAUCUUUUGCCAACUUUGGAAAAAGAGUUAUUCUUAGCAGAGCACAGUGACCUUGAAGAAGGUGGACUGGACCUGACUGUAUCAUUAAAACCAGUUAGUUUCUAUAUAUCAGACAAAAAGGAAAUGCUUCAGCAGUGCUUCUGUAUUAUAGGAGAGAAAAAGUUACAGAAGAUGCUUCCUGAUGUGUUAAAGAACUGUUCAGUAGAAGAAAUUAAAAAACUAUGCCAGGAACAGUUAGAGCUCCUGUCUGAAAAAAAAAUCUUGAAGAUUCUUGAGGGUGACAAUGGUAUGGACUCUGAUAUGGAAGAGGAGGCAGAUGAUGGCUCUAAGAUGGGAUCUGAUUUAGUCAGUCAGCAAGACAUCUGUGUAGAUUCUACUUCAUCCCUGAAAGAAAACAAGCAACCUGAAGGUUUGGAAUUAAAACAAGGCAAAGGGGAAGAUAGUGAUGUACUCAGUAUAAAUGCAGAUGCUUAUGACAGCGACAUAGAAGGCCCAUGCAACGAAGAAGCAGCUGCUCCUGAGGCCCCAGAAAAUACAGUUCAAAGCGAAGUUGGUCAGAUAGAUGACCUGGAGAAAGACAUUGAGAAAAGUGUGAAUGAGAUUCUAGGACUGGCAGAGUCUAGCCCAAAGGAACCCAAGGCAGCCACCCUGACUGUUCCUCCACCAGAAGAUGUUCAACCUUCUGCACAGCAGCUGGAGCUGCUAGAACUUGAGAUGAGGGCAAGAGCAAUUAAGGCCCUGAUGAAAGCUGGUGAUAUAAAAAAGCCAGCCUAGUGUCUUCAAUGUCUUGAAUUCUUAUCUUCUCC